GCCAGACACACGGACAGCCGUCCCAUCGCUCUCUUACACCCCUCAGACCCGCAAUUGAGAUGUCGUCAACGCCCAGUUGCAUCGCUGGUGCCGCCAGAGCCAUUCAGGCCGCAACACCGGUCCGCAUUCCGGCAGCGCACCGAACCUUCGCUUCGAUCAACAGCUCGAGAGCUUCCAUUCCGCCGCGAGCCAUAGCGGGAAACACCGCCCACCGUAUCGUUCAGGCCGAGAAGAAUGUGCUGGGAGUUUCCAGGAGGAUAAAUGGCGCUCAAGAGCAGAUGAGGAUGUUUUCAAGCUCGUCACAGCGACAUGCGCUUAAGACAAUACAGCAAGUGCGCGCACGCAACAAGAGCGGGCCAUUCAACCUUACGGCGGCGAUCCUCUUCGUUGCGACCGCUGGCGGACUGUACACAUACUUCACAUACGAGAAGGAGCGCAUGGCACGGCAACGGAUAGCAAACCAGACCAAGGGUGUCGGCAAGCCCAAGGUUGGAGGACCGUUUGACUUGGUCGAUCACAAUGGAAACCGGUUCACGCACGAGGACUUGCUGGGACGAUAUUCGCUGGUCUACUUCGGCUUCUCGCACUGCCCCGACAUCUGCCCCGACGAGCUCGACAAGAUGGCUCUAAUGCACGACAAAGUCAAGGAACAGUGCGGCGAUGUCAUGGUGCCUCUUAUGAUCACCUGUGACCCCGCGCGCGACACGCCUGAGGUCCUGAAGGAAUACCUCGCAGAAUUCCAUCCGGCCAUCUUGGGCUUGACGGGCACCUACGAGAACAUCAAGCAGACCUGCAAGGAGUAUCGCGUGUACUUUAGCACACCUUCGACUGUGAAGCCCGGGCAGGAUUACUUGGUCGACCACAGCAUAUACUUUUACCUCAUGGACCCAGAAGGCGAUUUCGUGGAAGCUAUUGGCCGUAACUUCACGGCUGAACAAGCUGCGCGCAUCAUCUCGGACCACAUCAAAGACUGGGAGAAGCCCUUGAAGAAGGAGUCCCGCUGGUCAUAAGAACCCGCACCACCGAGGCCGUGGCGCCAUCUCCCCACGUGUGAGCUGCAGCAUCCGACCGCCACAGAUGCGAGUGGAUGCCAGCCCUCCGUGGACCUUGUAUGUAUACGUAGGUUGUACAAAUAUAUGUGUAUGUAUGUAGAGUAGCUAGCGGCGUAGGGUUGCUGUACGUGUAUGAAAUAGAGGUCAAUCACCAGUGUCUCAUCCACUGCCUACCAAUGAACAGCACAUCUGGCA